AUGAUGACAGCACGAACAGAAAAGCAAUUAUGCAAAAGUAUGCGGUUCUUCUUAAACGGCAAGUCAAAUGUUCUAAUGGAAUUACAGCCUCUUAGUUGUAGAGAUCCAUUAACGUCAAUUCAUUUAAAAAAGGAGCAUUCACUGUUAUCAUCGCGCACAGUUAAGUUGGAUUUAUGCAUUGAUGAAUCCAUGGCGCCAUUUAUGAAUCAGUUUGGCAGUCAGACAGCCAUUCCACCUAAAGGCAAUAUCGCCCAAUCGGUAAAAUUAUUGCCUUCUCGAGCGAAUCAACAUCACAGGUGGUGCGGGCACAGCUUCACUAAUAAAUCUGGCAAUUCGAAAAAAAUGCAAGUGACUUUGCAAGCACAGCAUAUUUGUACAAUUUGGCCAGUUGUGCUGUUGGUACCACAUAUCUUGCGCGUUAUUUAUAAUUCCACUCGAGUAUGUAGUGAAUUUAUUCCUUUUUACAGAAAGACCUCAUCAACAAGUUUGAAAAAUAGCGAUUUUAUUCUUAAAGCUAUAUCACGUUACGUGAUUGAAAUAGGUGUUGGAAUUAUAAUUUUGAGUGUAUAUUUGAAUUCUAAUGACUUGAAAAUCUUACAUUCCCAUACGCUGCAUAAAGAAUAG